ACGCAUUCAGAGCAUAGACCCCGGCUCGGUCUAUUCGUGUGACACGGAUAGAUUGUAGAUAGGCCGGACGUGCAUCGUAGUUCAUGCGCACGAUUGUACAGAGAGCGCUUCGCACUUGGCUCGGCGCAUCGGCGCUAAAACAGAGCGGCCCAUGACACCUCUCCUCCUUCCUUCUCUCUGCUCUGGUACAACAGUGUGGUACAGUGCUACACGACUUGCUACGACUCCGAACGGUGGCCCCUACCCCUACCACGCAAUAUAUGCACAGGCGGGGGGGAAUAUGGGGGGAAAACACGUGACUCACGCGAUGGACUAAUCAACCUGCCGCUUUUUCGAAAAUGUUCAAUGUCCUCUACUCGGAAGUGCCCAACUUCAGACACACGUAUGUACACAACCGCGGGUGUACAUGACGCCGAGUGCGUCUCUUUAAAGACUAUAGCGAUGAAUCAGACGAAUCCUAAUUGUUUGUAAAUAUUGUGUAAAUAUUCUAUGCCGCAUCGCUGUUGCCUCGAUAGAGCGCUAAGGUCGAUUGGCUCGUUUUACGUGAAUAUACGUGAAUCGUCAAAUUUCUUCGUCACAUAUUGCAUUCGUACUUUUAUUCAGCAACGCAUAAUUCAUUGAACGCAGCAUUCGUUGAAAUUGUUAUUCCUUCUGAGUGGAUCUUGACAGCUAAAUUUUUGCUCACUGCCACUGGCUCACCGUGUUUGUUAAUUUUCAAGCACAUAAAGCUGCAGACAAUCCAGAUAAACCCGCUGUAAUAUUGGCGCAUGACUCUAUGUACGCGAUAAUAUGCAAAGAGAUGUGUAUGGACGAUCUAAGGUCAAAUAGACACAAUGCAACCACCGUCAGUAGCUACACCUCGAAAGUUACCAGUUUUUGUGUUUCCACAAAGCAUUACAUUCUUCUUAGACAAUCAGGCUACCCACAAACAAGUGCUAACUUUAUAUAACCCGUAUGACUUCCCUGUAAAAUUCAAAGUUUUAUGCACCGCACCGAACAAGUACAAGGUUGUCGAUCCAGAAGGCACAAUAAAAGCCAGAUGCUGCGUCGAUAUUGUUAUCCGACAUACAGCACCGUUAACAAGUAAUUGCAAUGUGACUGAUAAGUUCAGAAUACAUAUGCAAGAACAUCCCACCAAACAGGCGAUCGGCAAGCGAGAUGUCGAAGCUAAGCUACUCUCUGGAACAAGCGAUACAGUCGGAAGAUCAACACCAGAUCCAGAUAUGUUUCAUCAACUCCCAAUCAAUGAAACAACAAGACAACAACAAUCCUACGCGCUUAUAAGCCAAAAUAGAACAGUGGACAGAGGUACAAAUUACGUAGCGCUCGUCGCAGGAAUUAUAUGCAUAGCCGGACUGCUCUUACCUACAGAAGGAGAACAAAGUAAUAGAGUGCCUGAUUAUCUCCAUCUCUCUAUGAAUUUUAAACUAAUAUUCUCGUUUGUACUAGGUAUGGUGGUAAUUAUCAUUUCAAAGAUAUAAAAUUCUCAGCUUUUUAUAUAUAAAGGAAAAUUUUGUACACACGCAAGAUAGAUAUUGUGGGACGAAAGCACAAUUGAUACAAGACUUGUUUACAUUGGGCCCCCUUUCUUACGAAAUAUAUCCGAUUCUAGUCUAUGGGCGAUAUUUUAAUUGCAUCAUCUGAAAUGUUGAUAUUUAUUUGCUAUACGGAAAAUUUUGUUUUGAGGAGAGAGGUCUCGCGAAAAGUCUCUCGGUAUGGUGUAUGAUUUUGGCUCGUGAGCUAUAUAUUUCCAGGCCUACUGGAAAAUCGAUGUAAUAUUAUUACCGUGCCCUCGAAUUGCAUACUGCGUGCGUGAAUACAUGUUAGAGCGAGUGAGACAGAGAGAGAGAGGCAGGGAGGGACGAAAUCAAUAAGCGAUUGAGCAAGCGUGCGAGCGAAUGAAUGAAUGAAUGAAUAAGUGAGUGAGUGAGUGAGUGAGUGAGUGAGUGAGUGAGUGAG